AUGGUAGAAGCUACGAAGCGUCCUGAGCAAAAGAAUGCUUCGACUGAAGAAGUCACCGACUAUACUCCGGAUUUCAAUAAAAUUAUCGGCGAUUUUAGUCACCGAUUACGACCAGUUCGAGAGCCUGGUGGGUCAGAGAGAGAAAACAAAGUUUUUGAAAUCGAUAAUGAACUUUCCAAAUGGUCGUUUGGGUCUGUGGCGGAGAUGUUGUUUGACAAAAGGUUUGGAUGUCUUGAAGAGGAAAUCAACAAAGAGGCACAGACCUUCAUUAAAGCCGUCGGAGAUUUUCUGGCGAAUGCGGUCGAGGUCGGUUUUUUGCCUUCUUGGUUUUACAAGAUCUACGUGAACCAGAAACGUAUAAAGUUUUUCGAAAAUUUUGACACGAUGUACGAUUAGGCCGAACUAUUCAUCGGGAGAAGAGUCAAGGAACUUGAGAAGUCAUGCAAGCCAUCGAAGGAAACAGAGCGUGACCGAGCUGGCUUCUUCAAGUUCCUCCUGGCCGGCGGAAAGCUGACGAAGGAUGACCUGUUGGCCAACGUAAGCGAUGUUCUGUUUGCCGGAGUUAACACAACUACCUGAAGGCCUGGUUACGUGAGACCCUCCGCCUAUAUCCUGUUCUCUCCUCUAUCCCGCGAAAACCGAAAGAAGACAUAAUAUUAGGGGGCUACCAUAUCCCUGGGGUCACUGCUCAAGUGGAAUUUCUUGCUCACCAAAUAGGGCGAGAUGAGAGUAUUUUUGAAGAUGCCGAAGCGUUUAAACCAAAGAGAUGA